AUGAGCACCAUGAGCACACAUUCCAAGACGGUGCCGUUCGCGGUGGGCGGUGCAGAGUCGCAAUCCGUCACACUACCGCCCAUCUCUUCAUUCGACAACCUCAUUCGCGCGGCCGAAGAGCAAUACACGCUCCAUUCCUCGAGCGUCUCUCCCGCGCUACCGGCGCGCGAGCAGCUCGGUAACAUAUUUUCGUACCAGCUGGGGGGCAGCGCCGGCGCGAGCGCCGCCAGCAGCGUGAGCAGCAGUGCCGGCACGGGCGGCUCGGGUAGCGGCGCGGGGGACGCGGCUGUGGUGGGUGGCGGCGGGGCGGGCGCCGACGGCGCCGGUUCAAGCCCGGUUAACGCCGCCUCGGCGGCGUACCACUUACCCGGACACGUGAGCCCCACGUCUGUGUCGUCCGACACGGCGGCGGCGGCCGCCGCCGCAGUCGCGGACGCGGAAGCAGCUCAACUGCUUCCGCCCGCCGCCGCGCUCGACCACUCGCACGCCGGCUACGCAGGGCGUGGCGCGUCGUUCGGCCACGUCUCACACGCCGGCGUGCCCCUGCAGCACCAGCUGCAGCAGCCGCUGUCGCCGCUGCAGCGGUCUCUGAGCGUCGACUCUGCACGCGUCGGCAAGCCCCGCCGCAAGAAGGAGUGUCCGGUGUGCCACCAUUUCUACGCCAACCUCUCUACGCACAAGUCUACGCACCUGACGCCCGAGAACAGGCCGCACAAGUGCCCCAUAUGUCUACGUGGAUUUGCCCGCAAUAACGACCUUCUGCGGCACCGCAAACGCCAUUGGAAGGACGAAAUCAUCGGGAAGCCCGAGCCGGCCGCGGUGGUCACUGCCACGGCCAAAGACGUGUCGCAGGAGCAGCUCAAAUCGUUGCACCAGAUUAAGGGUACGUUCAAAUGCCCGUUUAACUCCACGCUGAUUGGCCUGGACAUGGAAAUGUACCCACAGAAAAAGCAGGAGCUGGCGUUCGAGACGUCCAACUGCCAUCAGACCGGGGUUUUCUCGCGCUGCGACACGUUCAAAAAUCACCUCAAGGCUUUGCAUUUCGAGUACCCGCCGGGAACCAAGAAAAAGGACCGCGCCACGGUGCACGGGCGCUGCAAGCACUGCGGCGGCAAGUUUGCCAACGUCGACGAGUGGCUCAACGAGCACGUGGGCAAGACGUGUGGGUACGUGUACCACUAG